UGUAACCACUCCCAGCCUCCCUCUCUGUGGCUCCUCGCUCUGUCUGUGAUGCUGCAGCUCCUCUAGUCUCUUCAGUCUCCAGUAAACAGCAGUCAUGGCGACAGUGGUCCAGCCGCUCACACUGGAAAGAGAUGUUGCCCGGGCGAUCGAGCUACUGGAGAAGCUGCAGGAAUCAGGAGACGUUCCCGGCCAUAAGCUGCAGUCUCUGAAGAAGGUUCUGCAGAGCGAGUUCUGCACAGCAAUCAGAGAGGUCUAUCAGUACAUGCAUGAAACGAUUACAGUGAACGGCUGCCCGGAGUACCAGGCGAGAGCCACGGCUAAGGCCACAGUUGCAGCCUUUGCAGCCAGUGAAGGUCACUCUCACCCUCGGGUGGUGGAGCUUCCCAAAACAGAGGAAGGGUUAGGCUUUAAUGUGAUGGGUGGCAAGGAGCAGAACUCACCUAUCUACAUCUCCCGCAUCAUUCCUGGAGGCGUGGCUGAGAGACACGGCGGUCUAAAACGAGGGGACCAGCUGCUGUCUGUCAACGGCGUGAGCGUAGAAGGAGAACAUCACGAGAAAGCGGUGGAGCUGCUGAAAGCGGCCAAAGACAGCGUGAAGCUGGUGGUGCGCUACACCCCCAAAGUGCUGGAGGAGAUGGAGGCGCGCUUCGAGAAGCUCCGCACGGCCCGGCGGCGUCAGCAGCAGCAGCUCCUGAUGCAGCAACAGCAGCAGCAGAAUCUGGCUACUCAGCAAAAUCACAUGUCGUAGGUUGUUCCAGAAGAAGAAGAAGUAAAAGCCCUGGAGGGUGGAUCUCAAAGAUUGCCUACAUGCGCUUAGGAUCCCAAAGGAAUCUCUUUGUAGUGGAGGAAAUCAGCAAAAACACUCUCUUGACUUCCUCUUUCUCCCUUCCAGUGAACCACCGAUUACUGAGCAAAGAGAGAAUUUGGUGUGAAACUGGUGCUUUGACGAACAUGCUGACCGUUGUCCAGUUUAACUUUGUACUCCCUUUUGUAGUUUUCUGUUCCCCAACUGUGGAUUUUUAAAUCUCCCCUUUUUUUUUUGCAUUUGUUGCUUAUUUUUCCAGUUGUUCAUUUUUAACCCUUCCAUCUAAUAUGCAGUAGAGCUUCAGCCAUUUUGCCAUAGAUAUCAUUUGUACCGUGGUGUUUCGAUCAAAUCCUCAAUUCUGGUGCUUGUGUCCCAUAUGAAUGAUUUCUCGUUCGGUUUUUCGAUAAACUGUUUUUUACCUUCUAUACUGUAGCAAGAACAGAUUUUAUAUCUUGUAGUUUUAGCAAUAAAACACAUUGUUUGGUUCAGUUCAUGAUUAAAUACAUGCGCAGAGUUAAUGAGUGAUUGAAAUCGCAGUAAAGCAAACAGAGUUGCAUUUACUGUAAGGCAGCUUCCGAAUUCAAAUCCACUGUACCGUUUGAAGAGAUUAAGGUUGGUUUACUGGUAAAAUAUAAAAUUACUGUGCAAUAUUUAUAAAACAAAAAACUCCAAAUCAAUCAUUUCCCCUGAAAUGUAUCUAGAAAAUAUAUAAGAGAUAUAUCAAACUUGUGUUCCCGACAGACCAACAGAAUGUCAUCCAAUUACGUAGAGUAUGCUAGAAUUAUGUUUAUUUUUCAGAAUAUUAUAUAUUAGAGAUUUCGAGUUUUAUCAUUUCAUAUAUAUUCUUUCUUAAACAUGCAGAUUAUUAUUUAAAAAUGUCUUGUGAAAUAGAGCAUAAAUCUGUGUUUUCCCUUUUUAACAAUCAUGAGUGGAAGGCUUGGGAUUUAGUUCACUGCCUCUUAAAAAUUAUUGUUUUUUUGGGGGUUUUUUAAGCAACGCAUCUGAUCUACAAAAUUACAGUGGUAACCUUCCCAUUAGGCCUGUCUUUACUUUUGUUCCCUCCUUUGCUGCAAAAUGCUCCCUUUUUUUGUCAGACUUUUGUGUUUUCUGUUUAAAGUUUUAUAUUUUGUCUUUUUCUGUUGUCGACACUUCUUUGAUUCCCUGACUAUGCGAGUUUGGCUCUGGAUUUUCUGUCCUACAUUUUAUUCCAAAAUUAAUCCUAGACUUUUAAAAACACUUUCUGAACAUGUUUUGAGUGAUAAGAGAAUAUAGGUCAUGUAAAAAAGUUAAAAGGUCAUAAGAAUGCAUUUCCUUUUAGUGUUAUGGUCAGAAGUUUACAUACACUCACCACUGGCGAGAAUCUUGUUAAAUUUGAGCUUUUAAUGAUUCAUUAAGCCAGAAUUAUAAAACAAUAGCAUAUUUUGUGGUUGAGACAAUUCAUUUUUAAACUUGUUUCUCUGUGUCUAGUGACACUGGUGUGUCAGGAUCUUUAGGUUUAUGAACAAUGUGCUUCAAUUGGACAAAGAUCAUAUCAAAAUUGGCUUAGCAAUGAAUAUAGCAGGCUAACACAACACUUUUAGAGUGACCCUCUCAAAACAUCAACUCUUUUGAACCCAAUUCUUGUGUUUAAAUUUGCUCAAAGUUGCAUCUUUUACAAUCAAUAAACCCUGAAAAAGAAAACAGCCAAAAAUAAUGACAUUAAAGCACAUGGUGACUGUAAGCAAGCUUCUGACCAGGACUAUAAAAUAUUGAAGACUUGACACCAUUUUGAAUAACACAUAUAAUCAGAGCAUUCCCCAAAAUAAUGCGGUUGUUAUAAAUAUCAUUUUUGUAUCUUUAAAACAGGUACUUUUUUGUAAUUGAUUUACACUUUGAAGGAUGAUAGUCCUGUAUUGUAAAGAUGACAAAAAAAAAAUACAAACUGUUGAUAUGCAAUUGUUAUACAUACUAUAUUUGUAUAAAUAAAUAUAUGUUCUUGUGUACAGUG